ACUAAUGCUUUUAUUCUACUUUAAGGUAAUAAAAAAAGAAGUCAAUGUUCUUGCCUCUUGGAUUGGUUUCGAUUCAUUCUGCUUUACUCCCAUUUCUUAUAAAUACUAAUCAUCGUUUCAUCCCUAAUCUCAUCAAUCUCUCGUUAGAGGAAUUUCUACUUCGAUCAGGAUCUUAAGACAAGUUGGCGAUUUUCUCUGCUUUCUAAUUGUUUGGGUGUGUAUUUUCUAUUGAAAAUUAAAAGAUGAAGAAAGAAGAAAUAAGAGAAAAAGAAAAGAAGAAAGAAGAGAAGCACAAGAACAAAGAUGAAGCCAAAGAUGAGAAGGAAUCCAAAAAGAAGCACAAAGACGAGGAUGGAGCAGAAAAGGAAACAGAAGUGAACAAGAAGAAGGAAAAGGAAGAUGAGAAGAAAAAGAAAAAAGAUGAAAAGAAACCUAAGAAGAAAGAUGAGAAGUCUGGGGAGAAUGAUGGAGUGAAAGACAAGAAAGGAAAGAAAAAAGAAGCGGAGGAAGAUGAAGAUUUUGAAAAAAAGGAAAAGAAACAGGAAAAAGGUAAGAAAGAUAAGGAGAAGGGCAAAGGUUCUGAUGUAGUGGAAGAUAAGAAAGUGAAGAAGGAAGUUGAGAAGGAAGAAGAAAAAGAAGAUGGUAGUAAAGAAGAGAAGAAGAAGAAGAAAGAUGAGAAGGAAAAUAAGAAAAAGGAGAAAGGAGAAGAAGAAGAUGAUGGUAAUGAAGAGAAGAAGAAGAAGAAGAAAGGAGAGAAGAAAAAGGAGAAAGAAGGAGAAGAAGAUGGUGGCAAAGAAGAGAAGAAGAAGAAGACAGAAGAGAAGGAGAAGAAGAAAAAGGAGAAAGGAGAAGAAGAUGAUAGUAAAGAAGAGAAGAAGAAGAAAGAUGAGAAGGAAAAUAAGAAGAAGGACAAAGGAGAAGAAGAAGAUGAUGGUAAAGAAGAGAAGAAGAAGAAGAAAGGAGAUAACAAAAAGGAGAAAGGAGGAGAAGAAGAUGGUGGCAAAGAAGAGAAGAAGAAGAAGACAGAAGAGAAGGAGAAGAAGAAAAAGGAGAAAGGAGAAGAAGAAGAUGAUAGUAAAGAAGAGAAGAAGAAGAAAACAGGAGAGAAGGACAAGAAGAAGAAGGAAAAAGGAGAUAAAAGUAAAGAAGAGGAGAAGAAGAAGAAAGUAGAGAAGGAAAAGGAGAUAACUUGACUGAUAUACUUGAUAAUGAUUCAAUAUAUGUAUAUACUUUACUAGUAUAUUGCAUACUUAACCAUAACUACAGUGAACUGAAAAAAUUUUUAUGAAAA